AUGGAGGAUUAUGGAGACGGCAAACUAAGCAUAUACAGAGCAGCAAGAAGCAUCAAACGCAGAGACAACACACUCUACAACGCAUUAAGAUCGAUCUACGAAGACUCAAUAUUUGUGGGUGAAAUCUCUCAACUAUGGCCAGACCUUCCUCUAUUAGCAAACCUCCGCUGUGGUUUCUGGUACUCUCCAAAAUUCCACUCUACUUGUUACUUCAAAUCCACUGAUGGCCACACCAAUAAUUGGUCCUUCAAUACCUCUCGUCUUAAUCUCCAUGUCGCACUUCUUUCUGGACAGAAAGGAGGGUGUAUUAUUGUGGAUUCAACUCGGAAAGGGAAGAGAUUUCCUGAUAGUAUGUCCAAAACAAUUCCCAUUUGGACUUGUGUUCUGAACCGUGCUAUUCUUCAUUAUAGGAAUAAAUUGUGCGAUUCUGAAUCAUCGACGAAUGGGGAGGGGAGUUCUUCUAAUUGUGCUGGAGAUGCAAAACUAGAAAAUCGUGGUUGGGAUUGUUCUUUGCAUCUACCGCUUUGGGUUCCAGAUACAGAGAAAGCAGCUAUUGAGGAACGUUUAGAAAUUUGGACAAAACAGUUGGAAGCGAGUGGAGCUGAUAUUGCGUCUGUUGCAUCGUGCUUGAAAAAGCCUCUACGGCCUUUAUGGAUAUCACAAAAGACUGUAAUCUGGUUAAAUGAAGUACCUGAUCAUAAUUCGUGGGAUUUUACUCCUAUUAUACUAGUUUCGGCCUCUUCUUCAAUAGGUGUUUUUCAACAUAGGACAACUUCGGAGUUUAGUUGGAACUAUAUUCCAGGAGCUGGUGAUGAUGAAGAAAGUUGGGCAAGAGGUUUGACACCCACUCAUUUCUGGAGUCAUGUACAUGAUAUUAUUAGUUCAGGGCCUGAUCUUUGCAACCAAAAGGUGGCUGAAAUAGUUGAAAAAGACAGAGUAUAUCGUGCUCAUAGGGGAGAGAAUGCUCCUCAAGUUAGUGUCAAGAAUCAAAAGUUAGCAGAUGCUGUAGCUGAUCUUUCUAAUGUAGAACUCCCAUUAGCUUUGGAUGUGCUAAAUGGCGAUACUACUUUGAAGCCAUCUAAUGAUGCUUAUACCAUAUUUUGGAUAGGAUCAACUAAUCUAGCUAUAGGAACAACUAAGCAUGCUGCACUUAUAUCUAAUGUUGAUUGCGUAUUGAACUGUGAUCAAGACUCAGUCUCUAUCAAUCUUCCAGAUUCUGAAGCACAUUUGCACCUUCCUAUGGUGAGCUCGAAACUGGAUAGGUUUUCCUUGUUCAACAAUCUUCCAGCUGCAGUGAAAUUUGCAAAAUUGAACCUUAGUCAAGGGCAUAGACUUCUAGUUUGUUGCCGUAGUGGUGAAGAUGUCAGCGUGUGUGUUUGUCUAGCAAUUUUGACAUCGCUAUUCGAUGAUAAAGGAACUUUUGAUGAUGGCAGAUCUUUCUCUGAAACGUGUAUUACUAAAUUGGAGAUGCGGCGUCGACUUGUAUUCAUCUGUAAAUUUGCAAUAACUGCCCGACCAUCUAGAGGAAAUUUGAAACAGGUUUUUGGUUUUCUUACUGGAGGAAGAGUUGCUUCUGCCUGA